UGUGUGUGUGUGUCUGUGUGUGUGUAACUGGGCCUAUAUAAGAUGACAGAGGACGGGACUAGAGUGUGGAGAUCAAGAGGAGAUCAACUGGAGGUGAAGAUUAAGACUGGACUCGUCUGCUGUACUAUACAUCUCUGGAUCUGUUUUAGUUGACUCAGUGAGAACAAUGUUGAAACCAAGAGAUACUCCUAAGACUGUGCGUCUGUCUCACUCCAUCAAUGACGAGGAGGGAAAAUAUGUGACGUUGAGGAAGAUUCUGAUUAAGAAGUGGCUGAAAGGUCAGGGUUUCAACUGUGAACUGGAGGAUGUUCCUAACAUAGCGUUGCUGGGGUCAGGUGGAGGAGAGAGGGCAGCAGUGGGUAUGCUGGGAUCUCUGCAUCAGCUGGACCAGGACAACCUGCUGGGCAGCCUCCUCUAUAUGUGUGGGGUGUCUGGCACCACCUGGUGCAUGUCAUCCCUGUACAGCAAUCCAGCCUUGUCGUUAAGUGAGCGUUGUGAUGAAAUGAUAACGAAGCUGAGGGGUCCUAAAGGGAACUUGAGCAAAGCUGUGGAGUGGCUGAAAUCGAGGAAAGAAGAAAACCAGGACUUCAACCUCACUGACUUCUGGGGCGCCUUCACUGCCUCCUAUUUCAUGAAAGAGAUGCACACUCGCUGUCUCUCUGAAGAUGCUCACAUCAUCAAACCCUACCCCAUCUACAGCGCCAUAGAACUAGACUGCCGCAGACAGGAUGACACUAAAGGGGUGUGGUUUGAGAUGACCCCUUACGGGAGUGGCUUCUCCGGAUUGGGCGCUUUCAUCCCCACUUCCUGUCUUGGGAGCAAGUUUGAAGGUGGAGCUCUGAGACAGAAGAGGAAGGAAAUGGACAUGGUUCUGCUGCAAGGUAUCUGUGGGAGUGCCUUUGCAGACAAGCAGAUAAACAAUAAUGUGGUAGUAAAAAGGAUCUGGAACUUGUUUGGAGAUCGCCCAGUAGUGCCAUCUGCAGGGUUUGUUCCAGGGUACGAGAGCAUUAAGAGGGAGAAAGAGGAGGUGUGUGAGUGUUUGCCCUCCCAAGUGGUGAGGUGUGUGUCUGAGCUGAUCAAGUAUGCUGAGGACCCAGAUCCACAGAAGACAAGGGAAGUCAUCACCACACUGGGACAGCUACUGAAGGGUCUUGUGAGCAGUAAGGGUGAGAUGCUGUGGAACAUGGACCCUGAGAGCUGGAAGAGAACCAGCCUGGUGGAGAGAAAGAAGUUCAUAGAGACAGUCAGUCUGGAGCUCAUCCUCUCCUCAGACAGCUGGGCAAAAGACUGGAAGGACAAACGCUACACCUUCAACGAUGAAGCGAUGUCCAGUAGGUUGAUGAGAACAUUGGAAAAGCCAGACAAAGUGACAAUAACAAACUCCUGGGACUCCGAUGAUGAAGCGAUGUCCAGUAGGUUGAUGAGAACAUUGGAAAAGCCAGACAAAGUGCCAAUAACAAACUCCUGGCUCUACGAUGGGUUGUGGAUUGUGCAGAACAUUUUCCCUCUGGUCCAGAAAUGGGAAUGGGGAACCACGUCCAACUUCCUCUUCAAGAUCCAAGAUACUAACAUUCCGAGCAGCAUGGCAUCCAAAGAGAAGAUUCAUCUGGUAGACGCUGGGUUAAAGUUGAACUCUCCCUACCCCCCCGUCCUGCGCACAUCGAGGAAGGUCGACCUCAUCAUCUCCUUGGACUUCAGCGAAGGAGACCCCUUUGAGACGGUGUUUAGUGCCAAAAAGUAUGCGGAUGAGCUGAAGCUUCCCUUUCCCCCAGUGAAGGAGAGUGUGAGGGAGGAGAAAGACCAUCCUCAGGACUGCUACGUUUUUGAGGGGCUACACACUCCCACCAUUAUGCACAUGCCCCUGUUCAACAUGCAGAACUGCCAAGACGAGGAGGGGAUUAAGAAGGAGAGGGAGAAGUACACAACGUUACGGCAGCCCUACGGUGCGCCUGAGAACGAACGCCUCCUGAAGAAGGCCAAGGACAACUUGAAGAACAACAAAUACAGGAUCCUGGUACAGAUCAUUAUGGCUGUCCAACGCAGAAAGAAUCGCAAGUCAGUGGCUCAAUAGUCUGUAUCUGUGGUGUAAAGUACUACAGUAUUUUUUUUUGUAUCUUUACUUUAUUUAUAUUUGACAACUUUUACUUCACUACAUUUCUAAAGAAAAGUAUAUAUAUUUUUUACCCCAUACACUUACCCUGACACCCAAAAGUUGCCUACUUGUUACAUUUUGAAUGCUUAGCAGGACAGAAAAUGUAUAAUUCAAGCACUUAUCAAGAGAACAUCCCAACCUGUUAGUCCCUGCUGCCUCUGAUCUGGUUGACUGAUUAGAAGCACCUGCUGCUCAUCUGUGUUCCCAACAAAUGCUGUCUUGAUUUAAAAAGAUUUGUAUCUACACACUGGAGAAAACUGAAAGGUCUGUGUAUGCUAUCUCUAAUGCAUUAAAAAAAACUUGAUUUUCUUUGAGUGCAGACACAUCACACCCUUCCUCUGAAUUCGCAGUUUUUACGCACGAAA